CAUAUGGCUCUGGUUGUGACAUUGUAAUUCUGGCAAAUGACUUUGAAUGUGUGCAAAUUAUUCCCGGUGCUAAACAUGGAAACAUCCAGGUCAGUUGUGUGGAGUGCUCGCAACGACAAGGCAGGAUUGCAGCAUCAUAUGGAAACGCUGUUUGCAUUUUUGAACCGCUUGGUAUAAAUUCUCAUAAAAGAAAUUGUCAACUAAAGUGUCAGUGGCUUAAAACUGGGCAAUUCUUCCUCAGUUCUAUGACUUACAACCUGGCGUGGGAUCCUCAAGGUAACAGGCUGCUGACAGCAACUGACUUUUUGCAAUUGUGGGCCCCUCCAUCUAGUGACAUUCUAGAAGAUGAUGAAGAUGAUGAUCCUGACAAUCAGAUCAAAGAUGAUAAAGUUCUCCCAGUUCUAAAUGACUGGAAAUGUGUCUGGCAGUGCAAGACUGCAGUAUCAGUACAUUUGAUGGCAUGGUCUCCUGAUGGUGAAUACUUUGCAACAGCUGGGAAGGAUGACUGCCUCCUAAAGGUUUGGUAUCCUAUGACUGGUUGGAAGUCGUCUCUUCUGCCCCAAGAGAAAGAAGAAAAGAAAAAAUAUUCAGGGGUUGUCCACUUCUCAUUUGUUUAUUUGGCGCAUCCUCGAGCAGUGACAGGAUUUUCAUGGCGUAACAUUAGCAAGUACAUGCCCAGGGGUUUGGUCUGUAAUGUGUUACUCACAUCAUGUCUUGAUGGCAUCUGUCGGCUGUGGGCAGAGACGACGUUACCAGAAGAUACUCUUCUCGGUGAGCAGAUCUGUGAAACGAGCACUUCCAGCAUUAGCGACACCAUCUCUCAAUCUGGAAAGCAAAAGGACAAAAUACAGCAUGCGCUAGAGACAAUUCACCACUUGAAAAACAUGAGAAAAGGACAAAGGAGAUCUUCAGUUCUUGUUACCCACACAGAUGUAUUGCCAGAUCAACAGGGUACUCAUGAAGUUCAGCGUCACAUUUCACAUCACGCAAAUGCGCUUGGUCACUUCCAUAUAGCAGCAAGCAUCAACCCUAAUACAGGAAGACUUGUUUCACAAGUCUGUUACUUGGCGUGGAGUUUUAUAUUCCUGAAUAAUAAAGAAUUUAAUUUUACAUCCUAUUUUGAAGUAUUUAUGCAACAUCUAAGAAAAAGUUCUGAACAACAACUGGAACAAGAUUUUGAUGUUGAGAUUGAAGAGGAAAAAGAAAUGGAAGAAAAAGAGAGAGGUUUACAUAUGAAAUUAGAUCAUGACUUGUCUAUAGAUAGAGAAUCAGAGACAGGGACUGGUACAGGCUCUUCAGAACAUGAAGAUGGAGAAAGAGAGGGAAGCCCCAAAACAUCUCUACUAGCAGGCCCACACAUGCCUCUUCCAACAGUUUUGUUAGAUCGGAAAAUUGAGUUGCUCCUAACUGAAUGGAACAGAAAUCCAGAUAUGCUUUUUACCAUCCAUCCUAUUGAUGGUACCUUUUUGGUGUGGCAUGUGAAAUAUUUAGAUGAAUACACUCCAGGCAUCUUUCGACAAGUUCAGGUUUCAUUUUCUUCUAGGAUUCCUGUUGCAUUUCCAUCAGGAGAUGCUAGUUCCCUUAGCAAAAAUAUUAUGAUGUAUGCUUGCCCUGUCUUUGUAAAAGAUAACAGUAAUGCUGUACAUCAGAAGACAAUGGACUUUCCAGAUAAGACUCUAGCAAAUAAAGGACCAAGCUUUGCCCAGGACAGUGCAAAUGUGAAUAUAAUUUCUCCCAUAGUAAUGAUGAUUUCCAAACAUAUAGAUGGCUCUCUAAAUCAGUGGGCAGUUACUUUUGCUGAUAAAUCAGCUUUCACUACUGUGCUAACUGUAUCACAUAAAUUUAGGUACUGCGGUCACCGUUUUCACCUCAAUGAUCUAGCUUGCCAUUCUGUUUUACCAUUACUGCUAACAUCUUCUCAUCAUAAUGCUCUAUUAACUCCUGAAUCAGACAGUUCCUGGGACUCUGACAGGAUAAACAGAAUAAUGGAUCCUAUUAAACAUGUGAAAGGUUCUUCUAGGCAGCAACUUAAAAAUGCAGCAACGUGUACAUUCCAUGACCCAAACGCGAUCUAUAGUGAGCUCAUUCUGUGGCGUGUAGACCCUAUAGGACCUUUAUCAUACACUGGAGGAGUAUCUGAAUUGGCUCGAAUUAACUCUCUUCAUACCUCCGCUUUCUCUAACGUAGCCUGGCUUCCAACACUUAUUCCCAGCUAUUGCCUCGGUACAUAUUGCAACUCCGCUAGUGCUUGCUUUGUUGCAUCUGAUGGCAAAAACCUGAGACUCUAUCAAGCUGUUGUAGAUGCACGAAAACUUCUAGAUGAAUUAUCUGACCCUGAAUCAUCUAAACUUAUUGGGGAAGUGUUUAACAUUGUGAGCCAACAAUCUACUGCUCGACCAGGAUGCAUUAUUGAACUCGAUGCAAUAACUAACAAAUGUGGCUCAAACACACAAUUGCUUCAUGUCUUUCAAGAAGACUUCAUUUUGGGAUACAAACCACAUAAGGAAGAUGUGGAAGGGAAGGAAACGGAGAUAUUUUUCCAGCCGUCACAAGGGUAUCGUCCACCACCUUUCUCAGAAAAGUUCUACCUAGUAGUAAUUGAAAAAGAUAGUAAUGGCUGCUCUGUUCUUCAGAUGUGGGAUCUUCAUCUCAAAUCUGUGCAAGCUUGUUUAGCAAAACCAACUGAAGCUACUUCAUCAGAGAAUAAGCUUAGUGUACCUGAGCAGAAGACUGUGGAUUCUUCUCCAGAUAUAUCACCUGGUAUAAGUCCCAUUCCACGAUCUUCAUCAAUUGCUAAUCUUCAGACUGCUAGUAAACUCAUUCUGAGCUCCAGACUUGUGUAUAGCCAACCUCUGGAUCUUCCUGUUGGUGUAGAAGUAAUAAGAGCAACGCCUUCAGCAGGUCACCUGAGUUCUUCAUCAAUAUACCCAGUCUGCCUCGCACCUUAUUUGAUAGUAACAUCAUGUUCAGACAACAGAGUGCGGUUCUGGAGAUGUACUGUAGAGACAAACCUAAACAGCAAACACGAAGAAAGGGAAACAUAUCACUGGAGAAAAUGGCCUUUAAUGAACGAUGAAGGAGAAGACAACAGCAGUACAGUGAGCAUAGUAGGAAGGCCAGUUGCCGUUAGCUGUUCUUACACAGGACGUCUUGCAGUAGCAUACAAACAACCCAUACAGCAUAACGGUUUUGUUUCCAAAGAAUUUUCCAUGCAUGUUUGUAUACUUGAAUGUGAGUCUACAGGAGGAUCAGAAUGGGUUUUGGAACAGACAAUUCAUCUGGAUGAUUUAGUUAAGGUUGGAAGUGUACUUGAUUCAAGGGUCAGUGUAGACAGUAAUUUAUUUGUUUACAGUAAAUCAGAUGCUUUUCUGAAUAAAGACAAAUACCUGCUGCCCAGUAUCAAGCAUUUGGUGCAUUUGGACUGGGUAUCAAAAGAAGAUGGUUCACAUAUAUUAACAGUUGGAGUUGGUGCCAACAUCUUCAUGUACGGAAGACUUUCGGGAAUUGUAACAGAUCAAACUAGCAGCAAAGAGGGAGUAGCUGUCAUUACUUUACCACUAGGUGGUAGCAUAAAACAAGGUAUAAAGUCAAAGUGGGUGUUGCUUAGGUCAAUUGAUUUGGUAUCAUCUGUAGAUGGCACUCCUUCACUGCCUGUUUCUCUGUCCUGGGUGAGAGAUGGUAUACUGGUAGUGGGAAUGGACUGUGAAAUGCAUGUUUAUGCCCAGUGGAAACACGCUGUCAAGUUUGGUGAUGGAGAAAGUGAUGUUUUUACUACUGAAGACGCAACAACACAAGAUCCACUCAAAACAAGCUUGAUUGCGAAGAAGACCAGUGUAAUUGAUGGGGCAGGUAUUGUGGAUGAUGUUUUUGGCACUCCAACUGUAAUUCAGGAUGGUGGCCUUUUUGAAGCUGCUCAUGUUCUUUCACCUACUCUACCCCAGUAUCAUCCAACCCAGUUAUUAGAACUUAUGGAUCUGGGUAAAGUUCGCCGAGCCAAAGCCAUUCUAUCACAUUUAGUUAAAUGUAUUGCAGGAGAAGUUGCAAUAGUUAAAGACACAGAAGCUGGAGAAGGAACUGGUCCUAAACGCCAUCUUUCUCGCACCAUUAGCGUAAGUGGCAGUACUGCAAAGGAUACCAUCACAGCUGGAAAAGAUGGUACUCGAGACUACACAGAGAUAGACUCAAUUCCCCCACUGCCACUGUAUGCACUGCUUGCUGCAGAUCAAGAUGCCACUUAUGUUUCUGAAGAAACUUCUAAAAUACCUCAGGGCUCUGAAGAUCAUGCUAAGAGAAAAACAGAGGAUCAGUACUCAGAUCUAUUCCAGAUUCAGCCUGUUACAACUGAAGACUUUAUUGAUUUCGAGCCUGAAAAGAGGGAGAGUAAAUCCAAAGUUAUUAACCUGUCGCAGUACGGUCCGACUUACUUUGGCCGAGAACAUGCUAGUGUCCUGUCAAGCCACCUGAUGCACUCAAGUCUGCCAGGCCUCACUCGACUGGAGCAGAUGUUCCUUGUAGCUUUGGCAGACACUGUGGCCACAACAAGCACUGAACUAGAUGAGAACAGAGAUAAGAAUUACUCAGGAAGGGAUACCUUAGAUGAAUGUGGCUUACGGUAUUUGUUGGCUAUGCGCUUGCACACCUGCCUUCUGACAUCACUCCCACCUCUGUAUCGAGUUCAGCUGCUUCACCAAGGCCUAUCUACUUGCCAUUUUGCAUGGGCUUUUCAUUCUGAGGCUGAGGAGGAGUUGAUCAAUAUGAUUCCUGCUAUCCAGAAGGGAGACCCACAGUGGUCUGAAUUAAGAGCUAUGGGUAUUGGUUGGUGGGUCAGGAAUAUCAACACACUCCGAAGGUGCAUUGAGAAGGUUGCAAAAGCUUCAUUCCAGAGGAACAAUGAUGCCUUAGAUGCUGCACUUUUUUACCUUGCUAUGAAGAAAAAGGCAGUGGUGUGGGGUCUAUUUAGGUCCCAGCAUGAUGAAAAGAUGACUGCCUUUUUCAGCCACAACUUCAGUGAAGAUAGAUGGCGCAAAGCUGCUUUAAAAAACGCUUUUGCUUUGUUGGGAAAACAACGCUUUGAACAAUCAGCUGCAUUUUUCUUGCUAGCAGGUUCACUGAAAGAUGCUAUAGAGGUGUGCCUUGAGAAAAUGGAAGACAUCCAGUUGGCUAUGGUUAUUGCUCGUUUAUAUGAAUCAGAGUUUGAAACCUCUGUCACAUACACCUCCAUUCUUUAUGAAAAGAUUUUGGGUUGCCGUAAGGAUGGAGCUGGAUUCAGCUGUACUAAAUUGCAUUCUGAUCCAUUUCUGAGAAGCAUUGCAUACUGGAUAAUGAAAGAUUACACUAGAGCACUGGACACGUUAUUGGAACAAACACCUAAAGAUGAUGAUGAAAACCCGGUUAUCGUCAAGUCGUGCAAUCCUGUGGUGUUCAGUUUUUACAAUUAUCUUCGGACCCACCCUUUGCUCAUCCGAAGAUACUUCAGCUCACCAGAAGGAACUUUGGCCACCUUAGGUCUAAAAACUGAGAAAAGCUUUGUUGAUAAAAUUAAUCUUAUAGAAAGAAAAUUAUUCUUCACUACUGCAAAUGCUCAUUUUAAAGUAGGCUGCCCUGUACUAGCUCUUGAAGUCCUUUCCAAAAUUCCAAAAGUAAGAAAAAAGUCUACUGUAGCUACAGAGAAAGAUUCAUCUAGUCCUCCAAUACAGGCUGGUGUUUCAGAUUCCAAAGCCCUAAGGGAUGGUGCUGGAAGUGGUGAUAUAGACUGGUCAAAGCCAAUUUCAACUUCCUUGGAAAAUACUGUUGCAUCUUCAGCACAAUUUGACUGGAGUCAACCAGCAGUAAAAUUUGAUGAUGAGCCCCUUACUCUUGAUUGGGGCGAGGACAAAAAUGGGUCAGACGAAGAGGACAAGGAUGUUGGUAUAAUGAUGAAAAACUCAAAAUCUGAUUCUAAGAAUGGAGAUGAUGAUGAGGGAGUCUUAGACGCCAACAUCCCACAACUACCACAUGGGGAGAUUUCUGAUGCAGGAGACACUGAGGUUGAUGUUAUUGCUGAACAACUGAAGUUCAGAGCCUGUCUGAAGAUCCUUAUGACUGAACUGAGAACUUUGGCUACGGGUUAUGAAGUAGACGGAGGAAAGCUCAGAUUUCAGCUGUACAACUGGCUUGAAAAAGAGAUUGCCGCUAUGCAUGAAAUAUGCAACCAUGACGCAGGGGGCAAAGACUAUUGUAAAACAUAUACCAAAGUAAAUGGGGAUCUACUUGAUCACGACGAUAUUAUGGAUAAGCCAGACAUCGGUUCAUAUGAACGGCACCAGAUAGAAAGACGUAGGUUACAAGCAAAACGAGAACAUGCUGAAAGACGAAAGUGGUGGCUGCAGAAGAACCAAGCUCUUCUAAGAGUUUUUCUAAGUUAUUGUAGUCUUCAUGGGGCACAAGGUGGUGGUUUAGCAUCUGUAAGAAUGGAGCUGAAGUUCUUGCUGCAAGAGUCACAGCAGGAAACUACUGUAAAACAACUUCAGUCUCCACUUCCAUUACCCACAACACUACCGUUGCUUUCUGCAAGCAUAGCAUCCACAAAAACUGUGAUAGCUAAUCCUGUGCUGUAUUUAAACAACCACAUCCAUGAUAUUCUUUACACUAUUGUGCAGAUGAAAUCACCGCCACAUCCUAAUUUUGAAGAUGUCAAGGUGUACACACUUCAUUCUUUAGCAGCUUCACUUUCUGCAUCCAUUUAUCAAGCACUAUGUGACAGCCACAGCUACAGCAGUCAAACAGAAGCGAAUCAGUUUACAGGGAUGGUUUAUCAAGGACUGCUUUUGAGUGAUCGACGCAGACUGAGGACAGAAAGUAUUGAAGAGCAUGCAACUCCAAACUCGUCUCCUGCUCAGUGGCCUGGUGUGAGUUCACUUAUAAAUCUCUUAAGUUCAGCUCAGGAUGAAGAUCAGCCGAAGUUAAACAUCCUACUUUGUGAGGCUGUUGUAGCCGUCUACCUGAGUCUCCUUAUACACGCCCUUGCAACCAAUUCAUGUAAUGAAUUAUUUCGACUAGCAGCCCAUCCUUUGAACAGUCGAAUGUGGGCUGCUGUUUUUGGCGGAGGAGUGAAACUUCUUGUAAAACCUCGAAGGCAGUCAGAAAAUAUUCCAGCACCGCCUCUUCCAUCAGAAGAAAUGGAUAAACAUCGCCGUCGGUUUAAUAUGAGAAUGCUAGUGCCAGGAAGACCUGUAAAAGAUAGCAGCGUGCCGCCACCAGUACCUGCAGAAAGACCCUCUUACAAAGAAAAGUUUAUCCCUCCGGAACUCAGCAUGUGGGACUAUUUUAUGGCAAAGCCAUUUCUUCCUUUAUCAGACAGCGGUGUUAUAUAUGAUUCCGAUGAAAGCAUUCACAGUGAUGAAGAAGAGGAUGAUGCUUUCCUCUCUGAUAUACAGAUCCAGGAACACAAAGAUGCUAAUUCUUACAGGUUAGCAGAAAUUGCCACUGUUUUAGACUUUUCAAAUUACCUGAAUUUAGCACCGCCUCUUCCAUCAGAAGAAAUGGAUAAACAUCGCCGUCGGUUUAAUAUGAGAAUGCUAGUGCCAGGAAGACCUGUAAAAGAUAGCAGCGUGCCGCCACCGGUACCUGCAGAAAGACCCUCUUACAAAGAAAAGUUUAUCCCUCCGGAACUCAGCAUGUGGGACUAUUUUAUGGCAAAGCCAUUUCUUCCUUUAUCAGACAGCGGUGUUAUAUAUGAUUCCGAUGAAAGCAUUCACAGUGAUGAAGAAGAGGAUGAUGCUUUCCUCUCUGAUAUACAGAUCCAGGAACACAAAGAUGCUAAUUCUUACAGCUGGGCUCUUCUGCAUCUGACAAUGGUAAAAUUAGUUCUGCACAAUGUUAAGAACUUCUUUCCCAUUGCUGGUCUGGAAUUCACUGAUCUGCCUGUAACAUCACCAUUGGGCAUUGCUGUAAUAAAAAAUUUGGAACACUGGGAACAGAUUCUUCAAGAUAGAAUGGACCAGUUUGAAGGCCCGCCACCAAACUACAUCAAUACUUAUCCCAGCGACCUUGGCGUAGGUGCAGGACCAGCUAUUCUCCGCAAUAAAGCAAUGAUUGAACCUGAAAACACACCAUUCAAAUCAAAGGAUUAUUCAGCUCUUCCAGCAAAAAGGCUCUGGCAUUUUCUUGUGAAGCAAGAACUUCUUCAGGAGACUUUCAUAAGAUAUAUAUUCACAAAGAAAAGAAAGCAAAGUGAGUCUGUAGAAGAUCGUGUGGAGCAGGUCAAACAAAACUGCGUAGCAGAAGAUCACAAAACCAAGGUUGAAGCAGAUCUUGGCUACCCUGGAGGAAAAGCAAAAAUCAUUCACAAAGAAUCAGAUAUGAUAAUGGCAUUUGCAGUUAAUAAGGCAAACAGCAAUGAAAUUGUUUUGGCAUCUACACAUGAUGUUCAAGAACUUGAUAUUUCCGCUCUGAUGGCUGCUCAGUCAUUUAUAUGGAUUGGGGAAGAAUAUGACAGAGAGUCUAAAAGUUCUGAUGAUAUUGACUUUCGUGGUUCUACCACAACACUAACUCAGACAACUGCGCCGUCUUUCGGAGCGAAUCAGAUACAACCAUCUUCAUCUAUGCCAUGGUUAGGCAGUGGUCAGACUACCACCGGCGCUGGCGUGCUUAUUAAAAGAAAUCUGAAUAACGUCAAGAGAAUGGCUUCACAUCCAGUCCAUCAGUAUUAUCUUACAGGAGCACAAGACGGUAGCGUUCGAAUGUUUGAGUGGACAAGGCCGCAGCAAUUGGUAUGCUUCCGGCAGGCUGGGAAUGCCAGGGUUACGAGAAUGUAUUUCAAUUCCCAGGGCAAUAAGUGUGGUGUUGCUGACGGUGAAGGAUUUCUAAGUAUUUGGCAAGUAAACCAAACCACCUCAAAUCCUAAGCCCUAUCUGAGUUGGCAGUGCCACAGUAAAACCACAAGUGACUUUGCAUUUAUAACCUCUUCAAGUCUCGUUGCUACCUCGGGACAGUCCAAUGAUAACAGAAACGUGUGCCUCUGGGACACUUUGGUUUCAUCUGGUAACAGUCUUAUACAUGCCUUCACUUGUCACGAUCACGGUGCCACAGUACUUCAGUAUGCUCCUAAACAUCAACUGCUAAUUUCUGGAGGUAGGAAGGGAUACAUCUGCAUCUUUGACAUCAGACAGAGGCAAAUCCUUUACACCUUCCAAGCACAUGAAUCAGCUGUUAAGGCCCUUGCACUGGAUCCUUCUGAGGACUAUUUUGUUACAGGCUCAGCAGAAGGUAACAUGAAGGUGUGGAGACUGACUGGCUAUAACUUAAUUCAUUCAUUUAAAAACGAACAUGCUAAGCAGUCCAUUUUCAGAAAUAUUGGUGCUGGCGUCACCCAGAUCGAAACUGUGCAAGGCAAUCGUAUCUUCUCCUGUGGAGCAGAUGGCACGCUGAAAAUGAGGGUUCUUCCCCAUGCUUUCAAUGUACCUUCAGGCAUUUUUGACAUUCUGUAGCGUUACGUGAGCUAAUCCUGUUUUUAUAUAAUGUCCCUUUCAGUAGCUAAAAACACAGUGACGUGCACUGUGGAAAGGAAGUACUCUGUUUCCUUUCAAAGCAGUUACUGCAGCAUUAAGUAUUACGGGGAAAAAAGAUUAAAAAAAAAAAAAAGACUUUUGCAACAGGUAUAUUUUGAGUAUGCCCAUAAGGAUCACUGGGGUGGAAAUGCAUGUACUGUAUUGUAAAAGCAAAGACAAACGCAGUACAGUCACCGGUGGGGUUACUGCUCAGUAACCCACAAGCUGCAGUUAGUAAGUGUGUUGUAAAGAUUCUGACAGUUGUCAGUCACUCAACAAGCACUGUGGCUCUACAAGUCAGUAAGCAUUUCUGGUGUGAUUCUGAUUAUUUUUAUUCCCCUUUUUCCCACUAAUUGAAGCAUGUGCAGAACUUCUCAUUGUAAAAUAGUUUAGUUUUAAUUAAGGGUACUCAGUGUAUUCGAUUUUUGCAAGAAAGUGUAAUGGAUGCAAAUGCCGUGGAACAUGUGCAAUCAAGAACGUACUGUGAGACACGUAUCAUUUUAUGCUGAGACUUUUUUCCCCAGUUAGUAUUAAUACACAGUCGAUACUGGAACUUGCACAUCAACACAUUUUUAAAUGCGAUGGUUUUUAAUUUGCACACUAUUUUCCUUUCCUUCUGACAGCUAUGUUUUCUAUUGGACACCUGCCUUUACUUUAGCAAUGUACUGUAAGCACUAAAUGUUAGUAGUGAAGACAUCCAUGAUACUAGUCAGCUUUUAGUUUUGAAAUUCAUUUGUCCAGAAAAUACUUCAUUAAAUGAAGCUGUUAAGAGAAUACCAAUAGAACAUAUAAUGCCACAUUUCAGAUGAAUGUCAGGCUUUAUGUGGCCAGCUAGUAAAUAGUGGAUAAAACUGGUAAUUAAAUUAUUACCACAGUAUAUUGUAUAAACUAUGCAGAGUUCAAUAUUGUUUGCUUGUAAUAUAACUAGCUACUGUUGUCAGAUGUAUUUUUCUGUUGUAAACAAAAACCAUGUUCUUAAGAGACUGGAACGGAUGUCUGCAUAUUUAAAUGUUAACAAACUGUCUUAUUCCUCCAAUGAAAAUCUUGAUGUCUGUGCUGUAUUGUAAAAUAUACCAGAAUAAAAAGCACCUUUCUCCAAAGGUGAUUUUAAAUUGCA